CGCGCUGAACAUACACAUCACAACUAAUAUACUCCGCGAAAUUCGUGGAAUCGUUAUUGUUCAGCUUGACGAUUCCCUGAUAAUCGGCCCUGAUUGGGACCUCCCAACGUCUCGACGUGCCGUUCGUGUUAUUCCCGAGAUCAAUAUGGCGUCAGACACAUGCCGUACCACACGUGCGACGCUGACGGUCAGUCAUUCGUACGUUUUGACGUGAUUAUUCACGAGUGUUUAGCCGCCGUGCACGAUCGUCGAUGUUCCCGAGGAUGUACCAGGAUGGAAAAGAGUCGUGAGACGAAAAUCAGUCAUAAACAGUGGCGAUACAUCGCGAAAAGGGAGCGUCGCAGACGUCUACGACGUGAGGCCGCUCAGCGACGUGAUGACGACGAGAAACAGCUGAGGGCAGCACUAGAGCGCAGCGCGGAAUAUUUGAAGUGGCGCGACGAGCAGGAGAAACUGGAGAAAGAAACGGAAGCGCGAGAGCGGCAAGAGCACGAGGAACUGGAGAGGCAAUGGCUGGAGGAGGAGGUACGAGCGCAAAAGGAGUGGCAGGUUCUUCAACAACAGAAGGAAAAAGAGAGGCAGGAGCAGUUGCAGCAGCAGAUAAAGAUCCAAAAGGAAUUCGAGGCAAAGUACGAAGAGUCCCGGAAGAAGGAAGAGGAAAGGAGGCGCAAGCGAAAGGAGCAAUUGAAGAAACGGGAACAGUUGCAGAAGGAUAUCGAAGAUUAUGUCGACAACGGGGCGAAGACACCCGAGGCUCUGCGAGAAGUUAGCGAGACUCAGCCCGGAAAGGAACUCUGUCCGUUCUUCAUGAAAACGGGUGCCUGUCGGUACGGAGAUAAGUGUUCGAAAAAUCACCGUGCGGUCUUUCUGAGCAAAGUGAUUCUGAUCCCCGGAUUUUAUUCGCACUUCUCACUUGAAAAGAACUCGGCAGAAUACGAUACAGAUGUGUCCCUUGAGUUUGAGACCUCGGAGACAUGGCAACAUUUUCGAGAAUUCUACGAAGAUGUGAUCACCGAACUGGAAUCGUACGGCAAAAUUAGUGUCCUCAGAUGUUGUUGUAACACCGAGACGCAUUUGCGUGGCAAUUUAUACGUCGAGUAUCAGACAGAGCGCGAGGCCACCAGAGCUUGGAAGAGGUUAAAUGGCCGUUGGUAUGCCGGCAAACAACUGAGGUGCGAGUUCGUCAAUCUGAUAUCCUGGCGCAAUGCUAUCUGCGGGAUGAGCAAGUGUCCGAAAGGCACGGCUUGCAAUUUUCUGCACACUUUUCGAAACCCACGAAACGAAUACGGCAUCAAGGAUAUCUGGCGCCUGAAGAGCACACCGCAAAUAUCGAAUAACAGCAAAAGAAGCGAACACAGGAGGGGCAAAUCCAGGUGGGAGGAAUCCGUUCGUGAUAACGGCGAGGAAGACCGCAACUGGAGGUGGUCCGAGUCUCCAGAGAUCGAGCUAGAACCUCGGUCGAAAGAUCCCGAGAAGAAACACUGUCAUCUCACAGAAUGGGAACAAUCGCAGAAAAGUUCGCACGACGAGAAAUACGAAAGAAGCGACAGAUCCAGCGCAAGAAGCUUGAACAAUUCGCGCCGUUCGAAAUCGCCCGAGGAACACCGUCGCUCGACGGAUCAUAAGAAAAGCCACAACGAUAAGGAGACCGUAUCAGAUAGUCGUUCCUCAAAGAAACAUAAGAAGAAGUCUAAGAGGAAAAACAACAGCGAGAAUGAAUACAGAGAAGCGAAAAGAAAGCAUUAAUUGGUUUGACAGGAGUCACCCGAAAACCAAAGACCGUGUAAAAAAAAAUAUAUAUAUAUGCAUAUAUACAUGUUGUAUACA